AUGGCUCUCAGCAAGACGUUUGGGCAAAAGCCGGUCAAAUUCCAGCUUGAAGAAGAUGGAGAUUUUUACAUGAUCGGCUCCGAGGUGGGCAACUACCUGCGCAUGUUCCGGGGGUCCCUGUACAAACGUUACCCGUCCCUAUGGAGGAAGUUGGCAUCGGUGGAGGAGCGCAAGAAGAUCGUGGAGUCGUCACACGAUCACGGCUACACUCAGCUGGCUACCAGCGUGACGCUGCUCAAAGCCAGCGAGGUCGACGAGAUCCUGGACGGCAACGAUGACAAGUACAAGGCCGUCUCCAUCAGCACGGAGCCACCCGCCUACCUCAGGGAACAGAAGGCCAAGAGGAACAGUCAGUGGGUCCCUACGUUGCCCAACAGCUCUCACCACCUCGACGCCGUACCCUGCUCCACCACCAUCAACCGAAGCCGUCUGGGCCGUGACAAGAAGCGGACUUUCCCUCUCUGCUUUGAUGACCACGACCCGGCGGUGAUCCAUGAAAACGCCACCCAGUCAGAAGUGCUGGUGCCGAUCCGUCUGGACAUGGAGAUCGAGGGACAAAAGCUGAGAGACGCUUUCACGUGGAACAUGAAUGAGAAGCUGAUGACUCCGGAGAUGUUUUCGGAGAUUCUGUGCGAUGACCUGGACCUCAACCCUUUAGCUUUUGUCCCCGCUAUCGCUUCCGCCAUCCGCCAACAGAUGGAGUCGUACCCCACCGACAGCAUCCUGGACGAGCAGACUGACCAGAGGGUGAUCAUCAAGCUCAACAUCCACGUCGGCAACAUCUCCCUGGUGGACCAGUUUGAGUGGGACAUGUCUGAGAGGGACAACUCCCCAGAAAAAUUUGCGCUUAAGCUAUGCUCAGAGCUCGGUCUGGGAGGCGAGUUCGUCACCACGAUCGCGUACAGUAUCAGGGGCCAGCUCAGCUGGCACCAAAGGACGUAUGCCUUUAGCGAAAACCCUCUGCCAACGGUGGAGAUCGCCAUCCGGAACACGGGGGAUGCCGACCAGUGGUGCCCCCUGCUGGAGACGCUGACAGAUGCAGAAAUGGAGAAGAAGAUCAGAGACCAGGACCGAAACACGAGGCGAAUGCGACGACUAGCUAACACUGCACCAGCGUGGUAG